UAAAAGGAGGUUUAUUAAUUAGAAGCAGGAUAGGCUUCUUUAAAGAAGCGGGCAUUCCAAAGGGCACAGGAAAAGGAGAGGCUGGUUCUAGGAAGAAGAGGAAUAGUAACCAGAUUGGUGUGCCGGGUGUGCUGGUCAAAGGAAAAGGAUGGCGGCCCAGGAUUUGGGGAAAUGUCUCCAGAUGUUAGGAGAAGCAGAAGGGAGAGAGAGGUAAUAUGGGAGUAUGACUUAUAUGGAGGGACAGGUCCCAGUUUCCUGGAGGUUUUAUUAGUAUGUGGGUUCAGAAUUAGC